GCCAGAUCGACUGCUGUGGUAGACAGCCAUCCAGCCUGUGACCAUGGCGUUCCGAGCACGAUCAGUGGCUCUUUUCCGCUGGGGCUGCAGUCCUCGCUCAAGGGUGCUGUGGACGUCCCGUGGAUUUGCCACUGUCUCUGACAACUCGCGGCCAUAUGAUGUCGUCGUUAUUGGGGGCGGCCAUGCGGGCGCUGAAGCAUCUGCUGCGGCCGCACGAUCGGGCGCUCGAACCGCAUUGAUUACCCCUUCACUUUCCAACAUCGGCGUGUGCUCUUGUAACCCCAGUUUCGGGGGGAUUGGAAAGGGCACGAUUAUCCGCGAGAUCGAUGCGAUGGAUGGAGUCGCUGGUCGCAUUAUCGAUAAAGCUGGGAUAAUGUUUCGGGUUCUGAAUAGAUCAAAGGGUCCUGCUGUCUGGGGUCCACGCGCCCAGAUAGACCGUGAUCUCUACAAGAAAUACAUGCAACAGGAGUUACUUGGGACGGAGGGAUUGAGUAUCCUCGAGGGCAAGGUAGCUGACAUCGUGGUUUCAAAGGAAGAUCUGGAGGAUAAACCUGGCAUUCAGGGCAAGAUUGUCGGCGUCAGACUCGAGUCCGGGGAGAUCAUACCCACCGGCCGUGUUGUCAUCACAACAGGCACGUUCUUGGGUGGGGAAAUCCACAUUGGACUGGAUGCUUUCCCUUCAGGUCGUAUAGGUGAGCCGCCUACUUAUGGCCUGAGUAAGUCACUCCGCGAGGCUGGCUUUCAGCUUGGGCGUUUGAAGACCGGAACUCCUCCCCGACUGGACAAGAAGACAAUCGACUUUUCCAUUCUGGAAGUCCAAAAGGGUGAUUCCCCUCCGCAACCGUUUUCUUACCUGAACAGAACUGUUCAAGUGGGCGACGAAGGCCAACUCACAUGCUGGAUGACCCAUACCAACCCUGCGUCUCAUGAUAUCAUCCGUGCAAACCUGGAUAAGUCCAUUCACAUCCGUGAAACGGUUCGUGGCCCCAGGUAUUGCCCUUCUUUGGAAUCAAAGAUUAUCCGCUUCCACGACAAGCCACGGCACCAGAUUUGGCUGGAGCCAGAAGGGUUUGCGCCCAACGAGGUCAUCUAUCCCAAUGGCAUCUCAAUGACUGUACCAGCUGACGCACAAUUCGCCAUGCUGCGGACUGUGCGUGGUCUAGAGAAUGUAAAUAUGCUUCAACCUGGCUACGGAGUGGAAUACGAUUAUAUUGACCCUCGCAAUCUCCGACCAACACUCGAGACGAAGUUGAUCAGUGGCCUCUACCUUGCUGGCCAGAUCAACGGUACUACAGGCUACGAAGAAGCUGCCGGCCAGGGAAUCAUUGCUGGUGCCAAUGCCGGCUUGGCCUCUCAAGGCCGUCCGCAGUUCACACUGACUCGUUCGGAUGGUUUCAUCGGUAUCAUGAUCGAUGACCUCCUCACAAAGGGCGUGUCCGAGCCGUACCGCAUGUUCACCACACGUAGUGAAUAUCGCAUUUCCACCCGGUCAGACAAUGCCGAUUUCCGUCUGACGCGCAUGGCGCGCGACGCGGGAUUUGUAUCAGACAAGCGAUGGAACCACUUCACAGACUCGGAAGCAGAGAUUAAAGAACUCCAAAGUCUCCUAGCAAACACAAGACUCACUUCGUCCGCAUGGUCACGCAAGGGCUUCAAGGUCCGCGUCGAUACAUCCUUCCGUUCAGCUCUUGACCUCCUCUGUCUCGACGAGGUCGACAUUGACUCCCUCAUCCCGCAUAUUGAAUCCCCGUCCGGAACAGCGUAUACCCCAUCCUCCUUUGCGCCGGAGAUCAGAACCCGUGUCGCCAUUGAAGGCCGCUACGCGCCCUAUGUCAAACGCCAAGAGGCAAUGGCGAGAAAGUUUCAGCAGGACGAGAACCUCCUUCUCCCGGCAGACUUGGAUUACUCCAAGAUCCACGGCAUCAGUUUCGAGGAGAGACAGGCUCUUGAGCAGGUCCGUCCCGUUAGCAUUGGCAUGGCGAGGAGAAUUGAAGGCGUCACCCCGGCCGGUGCAUUGAGAAUACUCAUGCAUGUGCGGAGGAACGCGGGAAACAAGACGACUUCUCCGUCAUCACAGGAAGCAGGGGAGACAUCGGAAGAAGUCUUUCGAUCUUCCUUGACCUGAUGUGCGGCUUUAUAAUUUUAGGAUGCGUUUAUAUCAUGUUGAUAAUAUUCUACAGAUUGAGACAGGCGUUGCAUUGGUGGAAUGUAUAUAGGGAACAGGGUCUAGGAUUACUCUUCAAAUCUCAACGAGUCAUGACGUAGCGACGCGCAAGCUACGUCAUGAGGCUUCUGGAAGGAUUCGCCUCCGGAUAGUAGAUACGGAUAUGUAUUAUUAGGAUUAUAAUUAAGUAAGAGACGUCUGCAGCCGACCACUGGGAUCUUGUUGCUUUCAGGGGCAAAUCUAGUCUGCGAAAGGUAAUCUCGUGAAACCUCGGAUAUACGAGAUCUGGAGAUCUGGACCAUGAAUUCCAUGUAAGAUGUUACUAUACGUACUUUUUUUUUUUUCUAUCAUCAGACUUUCCCUUUCGGGAUGCCACCAGAGCUUCUCGGCUCCUCUAUUUUGUGCAGGUAACUCAAUAACGGUGUCAGAUUAACCACUUUCAAGUUACCCCAACCCAUUGUCCCAUGAGAAGAAUGACGCAAGCAGAACUGAUGGGGAUCAAGUGAUCUUCAAGGGGCAAUCCUCCAAAGCGAGAGUUGACUGGUAGAAAAAGAAAUAGAGUCUCACUAGCUUGCUGGAUUGGAAAGCGUCACGGAGCUCAGCUAGAAGAUAUAUAGGAUGCUAUUCGACUAUCCAAGUAGCUAUGAACGAAAACUUCAAGCCUGGGGAGAAAAGAAAAGAGGAAAAGAUGUAUGUGAAGUUCGCAGGUAUAUGCAGUGAUCCGCUCAGGUUGCUCAGGGCGUGUUCAGAUCUACCCAGCGAGCAAAAGGUGCCAAGACUCCAGCACUACAAUGGAAAGGGAAAGACAAUGAUGAUGAUUGGAAAAAUAAAAUCUGUAUGUUCAUUAGAAAGGGUUGAAAUACCGCCCACGCUGUGCAGUUAGGGUAUUGUCGAAUAGAAGCAUAAACACUCAAAACACAAAAACACGCAAAUAACUCCUCUUGUUAACCAUGCAAAUGAACAUCAAUGUCAUCACCGAUAUCUGUCUUUGCGCUUGACUUAGUUCCUGGCUGGUUUCUGCGCGACAAUGCGGUAGCUUGUCGUGGCGAGUCGCAUGUUAUCCAUCUUGAUGAAAGCGAGUCCGUCCAGACAGAACCGGUUGAUGAGCGUCUUGAAGUGGUGUGGGAUGAGAUGUAGUUUUACCAGACCCAAAAUAACCUGGCGCAUUGCUCGGAAGUAGCCGUCGACGGUAUCUAUGAGGGGCGCCUGCAGGCCGUCGAUGCUGGCGUUGUCGGAUUUGAGAACCACGAAGCCGGCGUCUGUCAGGGCCUUCUCCAGGCUCUCGGGGGUGGGCGUCCCCACGGCGCCAAUUAGGGGCUUCACGCGACGCAUGAGUUCGGCAUGUUCGGGGUUCUGGGGAUCGUAUGCCGGCAGGCUGACCCAGUCCAGGGAGGAGAUCUUUGCGCCAGGCUUGACAACGCGGUAGAUCUCGCGGAAGAGGGCGGGGAUGUCCUUGCACAAACUCAGGGCCUGGAUCUGGUAGAAAGCGUCGAAGGUCUCGUCCUCGAAGGGUAGCGGGAGGUUAUUGAAAUCCUGCACCACGAAGGUGUUAUUCGAGAAUCCGCGCUGCGCGUUGAAGGAGCGCCGGAAUAGCUGGACAUGUGCGCGGCGACGCGGCCACGACCGCAGCCUAGAUCCAGUACCUUGUCGCCGGAUUUCAGGCCGAUGUCUUGGGCGAUGGACUCUUCGUACAGCAAUUGAUUCUCGCGCACGGUCGCCUUUUUACUCAUCCAGGGCGGGAUGUACAUCUUCUCGACAUCGCCCAGGGCGCAGAGGUGGUUCAGGACGCCAUAGUAGGCCUUGAGACAGUCGCCGACUUUCUGCUGGUAGUCCUCGCCCAGCGUCGCGAUCAUCUGUUUCUCGUCGGACCAGUCCAGGUUAUAGAUGACGUAGGAGGCCAUGAAGUCAUCCACUUGCUUCGGAGUCAGUCCCUGCAGGUACCGGAAAGCAGACCAGAACGUUUUCCACCGCUUGGAGGCAGCCGCGUGUUUUCGAUCAACGUGGGCAUGGCGCCCACGGGACAAGCCCGUCGCGAUGUUCCGCUUCGCAAUGUCAAUGUCGUCCAGGGAGCUCUCCGUAUUGCUCUCGGAGCUUCUCCCCGAGUGGCGUAGGGAUUGUAGUGUCAUGACGGCAAGGUGCGUUCGUUCUCUCGAGUCAAAGCGAUCAACGGGGAACCAGAGCCAGCAAGACAGUCAGCGAACAAGCAGCAGGGAGAUCCGGAUCCAUUCCAAGCAGCUAGCAGGGGGGAAAGGGGGCCCGGAGCCCAUUUAUAAUAACGCAUGAUCGGAGAGAUUUGGAUCCUGCCAGGAAUUUCGCGGAGGACCUCCCUGCGAGCCGCUGACUAACCUCGUUAUUCAUCUUGCCUCUUUAUUAUCAUAUUUUUUUAUUUUAUUUUUUUAUCCUUCGCUGGAGCACGAGGUCCGCCG